AUCGGCGGUCUCUGAUUGGUCCUGAGUAGUUUCCGGUUGGACUACCGCUCGCGAGCUGUGAAAACAGAGAAGGGGACUUUAUAUCAGUGACAGUUUCGAGAAGGUCGUACACUUUCUAAAAAAAGCGAAGCGACAAGGACCCCGGGCACAGCGAGCCAUGGCGUGUGGGAGCGGAGACGGUGACCGCAGCCUGCGCGAGUGCGAGCAGUACGUGCAGCGGCACGGCAUCCAGCAGCUGCUGAAGGACUGCAUCGUGCAGCUGUGUGCCGCCCGCCCCGAGAGGCCUGUGGCCUUCCUGUGCGACUACUUCCAGAAGCUGGAGAAGGAGGAGGCCAGGCAGAUCGCCGGGCAGCAGAAGGCGAACUCUCGCUCGGAUUCGCGGGACGAUGAGAUUUCCCCGCCCGUGAACCCUGGGGUCAAAGCCCGGCGCGGGGCCAUCAGCGCCGAGGUCUACACGGAGGAGGACGCCACGUCCUACGUGCGGAAGGUCAUUCCAAAGGACUACAAAAGCAUGGCUGCUCUGGCCAAAGCCAUCCAGAAGAACGUGCUGUUCUCACAUCUGGAUGACAACGAGAGAAGUGAUAUAUUUGAUGCCAUGUUUUCGGUCACCUACAUCGCCGGGGAGACCGUCAUAAAACAAGGUGAUGAGGGCGAUAACUUCUACGUCAUUGACCAGGGAGAGAUGGAUGUCUAUGUCAAUGGCGAAUGGGUGACCAGCAUCGGAGAGGGGGGCAGCUUUGGAGAGCUGGCGUUGAUCUACGGCACCCCCAGGGCGGCGACGGUGCGAGCCAAAACUGACGUGAAGCUGUGGGGGAUCGACAGGGACAGUUACCGGAGGAUCCUCAUGGGAAGCACUUUAAGGAAACGGAAGAUGUAUGAAGAAUUCCUUAGCAAGGUGUCAAUUUUAGAGUCCCUGGACAAGUGGGAGCGUUUGACGGUGGCCGAUGCCUUGGAAACGGUGCAGUUUGAGGACGGACAGGAGAUUGUGGUCCAGGGAGAACCUGGGGAUGAAUUCUUCAUCAUCCUGGAGGGCCUUGCAGCUGUACUGCAGCGUAGAUCAGAGAACGAGGAGUUCAUAGAAGUAGGAAAACUGGGACCCUCCGAUUACUUUGGUGAAAUUGCCCUCCUGAUGAACCGCCCCCGCGCCGCCACCGUAGUGUCCCGUGGUCCGCUGAAGUGCGUGAAGCUGGACCGGCCCCGCUUCGAGCGCGUGUUGGGGCCGUGCUCGGACAUCCUGAAGCGGAACAUCCAGCAGUACAACAGCUUCGUGUCGCUGUCUGUGUGACGUGGCCCCACCCUCUUUAACGCAUUUUUAUGAUCUCUUGCCGGACCUUUCCCCCACACCCAGCUGUCAAGCCUCAUCACUGUGUUAUAUCUGCUGGUCCGAUUUUUUUUUUCUCUCUCAAUGUUUUAUAUUAUAUAAGCUUCACACUCUACACAGGGACCACAGUUUCAAGUGCUCUUUAUCACAAUUUCACAAAAAUAUUUUAAAUUCCUAUUUCUGUACAGCAGUUAUGGUCCUCCAGGUACAGAAAGUAUUUUUAAUGUCCGUUCUCAGAGGCUAAAGUGCCCUUUGAGUAAUCUGGAUUCUUUUGUAGUUUUAUGAUCCGUUUAAUGAGAUCUGGUUGCUUGACACAAAUGGCCAUUUCAGGUAAUGGAGUUUAGGCACUGCUGUUAUUCCUAUGGUAUGGGACCAUGGUGACUUUAACUUCAUUCCCGAUUGGAGGUGAGAACAUCGCAGACUUUCGUUAUGUGUGGCUCAGCCCCUCCUCUUUCACGCUUCUUUUCUAGAACAUUCCUCCUUUUUGUUCACCCGUCAUGUUUGUUUGCACAGCCACGGGGGGGGGGGGGGGGAUGUAGAGUUGCGUGUGCAUUCGCACCGCUUGUGCCAAAUGUUCCCUCGUGUAUCUAUGGAUACAAGUCCCGCCUCCCAUCAUGGUGGUUGCUGAUUGGCUAGUUGUGUUGGCAUCGAGAAAAGGGGCUUGUUGGUAAAGUCUAGGCUGUUGAUAGCAGCAAUAUACGCUUGAUUCUCUAAAAGAAUGGUUUUCUUUUGAUGGAGAAAAUAGGCCCUAGAGUUCCGUAGCAGCCAGGGCUGUGACACAGAGCAGGGUGCGUGCCAGUUUGACUCAAUUCACACACCGUACACUCAGUCUUCCCUCUCUGUGGACCCUAAACACAAUGCUAGUUUUAUAAAGGAACAGGCAAACUGACGAGGGAAGCAUGUGAAUCGUGUCAGAAUGGUAACACGUUUUUGCCGGUGUCUGCCAGCCCGUGCUCCUGCCUGCAUGCAGAACCACAGCUGGGCUCCUGGUCACCUCCUCGUGGCACCUCCUCCCCGCUGCUCCUCUCUCCCACUCCUCCAAGGCCUUAAAAGCAUUUUCACACGAGGCAAAGUAGAGUGCAGGAAUCCUCACUGAGUCUUAAUGUGUGUUGGUCUCGUGUUUCUCUGUGCACGCUGGAUGAAAGGCGCUAUAAACGGAUUCAGCAGUUCACAGCUGCCUCUGUAGGACUCUCGAUGGAGGAGAGCGAGGAGGACAUUGCGUAAGAGGUUGCUGAGCAACUGCCUCCAUAUAAGGAUGGAACCUAUAGAAUCUAAUCACAUAUAUAAAAAACCUAUUUCUAUAUAUUUUAAAUGUAUGUAUGUAUGUCAAUUUGGCUGUAGGUAUAAUUUUACUCAAUAGAUCACCAGGAAAACUGAGACUUCCUUAGUCUCAAGGAUACAGGAUAACUGAGCUUUGAAUGCUGGAAGUUUGCUUUCAGGGUGACAGUUCUGUCUUAUCUGCUUUGAUAGAUAUAUCUGUUCACAUGAUUAGGUAUUCAUUUCAUUUAUUUUUUUUUAAUCAAAGUGUUACAUAUUUUCUCACAAGCAGCAGACAAAAAAAUAAAGCUGUAUUUAAGCAAAAA